AUGACUGAGAUCGGGGCCCUGUCAGGCCAGGUGCUGCCCAAACAUGGGGUGACCAAGAUUGGGGCCCCGUUGCGCCAGGUGUGGCACAACAGCUCCUGGCAUAACGGUCCCUGCCCUCGAUUGCUGUGUGGCUGUGCAGAAUCCAGCACGGUGGGAUUCUGGUUUGAUGCCUGUGGCCCACGUCCACAAAGGGGCCCUGCCCGACCGGAGGAGGAGCUUGGCAAGGAGCAGAGAGAAGGUCCCUUGAAAGGCACCAGUGGACGACGGGUGAGUGUCCCCACAGGGCUGAGCGAGAGGAAGAUACUGCUGCUGACGCAGGUCGUGUUGCUCUCAGCGCUCUGUGCCAUGGCGCUCGGCUGCCCCUCCAUCAUCUCCCGCUCCCAGUGGGGGGCCCGGGCCCCAAGAAACAGGGUCCAUCUGAAAACCCCUGUGCCAUACGUCAUCAUCCACGACACAGCAGGGGACCACUGCACCUCACCAGCCUUCUGCCGCCGGCAGGUUAAGGGCAUCCAAUACCACAUGGACGACAGAGGCUGGUCUGAUAUCGGCUACAACUUUCUGAUCAGCGAGGAUGGCAGAGUCCACGAGGGCAGAGGCUGGAGCACCAUGGGGGCCCAUGCCAAGAACUGGAACCAUAAGUCACUGGGAUUCAGUUUCCUGGGCACCUUCUCCAGCAGAGUCCCCAACGCUGCCGCCCUGAACGCCGCCCAGAGCCUGAUCCAAUGCGCCAUCAACAGGGGCUCCCUAAGCAGCAGCUACACCCUGAAGGGGCAUCGCAACGUGAACCCGACCGAAUGCCCCAGGAACACCCUUUACAGGGUCAUCCGCCGGUGGGCCAGGUUCAAAGCCUGAGUCCCUGCAGCCUCGUGGCAGCCCCUGCGCCCAUUGCUGACCCCACCCAUGGCUUCUGCCUGCUCGAGCAGCACCUCUGCCCCCCAGGAGGGGGCAGCCUCGUGCGUCUCACCCACCAGCCUGGGAAGGACCCAUUGGGUGGUUCGCAGAGUCCCGCAAAGGGGUUUUUAAUUCAAGUGCAAUUUGCCUCUAACCCAGCGCCCCGCGGCUUAGCGCUUGCUUUGCUUGGGAGCUUCUGAGCAGUGAGAAUAAACCAGCUUCUAGCACAUGAAAAGUUAAAGCGCCGUGGAUCAUUUCAUCUCCUGUUAAACCAUAACCACCCACCACCGCUGGGCUGGGCUGGGCGAGCUCAGAGGGUGAGAUUAUGAUCUGUCAGAUUAGCAAUAAGACAUCCCUUUGUGCUAGGAGCUGUACACACAGAGCAUGAAACAGACAGUCCCUGCCCUAAAGAGCUCAUGGUCUAACUCGA